GUAUAAAACCAAUCUGCAUGGCAAAAAGGACACAGCUUCAAACGGCAGGCCUGGCCCGCUGCUAGACCUUGAAGAAAGAGCACUCGGGGACUUGCCUAAUGCAGAAGACAACAUGGAUGGAAAAAAUGUAUUUAAAACCCAGGAAAAUAUUUCCUGCCUAAGGGAUUUGUCAGAGAAUGGUGAUGACCUCAUUCGUCUUAACAGUAUGGUCAGUGUCACUGCUGGCAAAGCAGAGAAGUACUGUGGCAGGCAGGUGCAUUCCUCCCCUGCAAGUGUAAUCUCUCAUCACACAGACAACUGCUGCCUUCGCACGGAAGACUCUGUGUCUGGUCAGUCUCUGGCAGCUGUCCAGGCGUGUAAAAAGACAGGUCUUGGUACACCUCUAACCAUGAAUACUCUGUUCAGUGAGCAGGCAGAUACUGCCACAGUAAACCACGAUUAUUUCAUAAAAGAUGGAUCUGAAAAUUCUGCCACUGCUCUGAAGAUUUAUGAAGAGAAAAUUUCAAGUGUAAGUGAUGACUUUUCUGAGGAUGACCUAGAGUAUUUUGAAUGCUCAGAUGUGCUGACAGCGCAUGAAGAUGAAAUCUGGAAGAAGAAAUUGGAGUUUUUAUUAGAAAGUGAUGAUGAAGAUGAUUUAAAACUGAGUAAGGAUUGUGAUGGGUGUGCUUACUUCCUCAGUGAAAUGCCUUGUCUGUUCCAAGUGUCAGAUAACAGUACGCCUAUGGAUACCACCAUUGGCUUCUGUGGUCAUCAGUCAAAAUUCAAAGGAGUAAAUGUAAGGAGAGACCCCUCUACGUACAGCCAGUCAACCCUGCAGGCAGAGAUGACUCUCACUGUUGGACACCACCGAGAUAAAAGUACCAGUCUGAAAGACAAAGAAAAGCAGGAAGUGCCUGUUGCAUCUGCAGCCAUUGAAAAUGACCGUCCCAGAACUGAAGAAGAAAAUAAUGGAAGUGGCAACUCCACUGCAGAUUUCUCAACCGACAAGUCAGAGAACGAGGAUAAUAUACGUGCCAAGCCAGAUUCCUCUGCUGGUGGCAUAGGUGCUUGUUUGACAAAUCAGCCUUCAGAGAUGACGACAGAGAACAGUACAGACACGGACUUGCUAGAUGAAAGCUCCUUGCUGCUAGAGGAGGGGGCAGGAAAUUUACUGGAGGCAAGUGCAAGGCACACUGUCUGUACCUUAACGGAAAGUCUAAGAAGAAACCUUUUAAAGUUGUUAAACCCUAAAGAGCUUUGCAGAUAUGUAAGUAAUAUAGGACAAUCUUUUCAGGCUGCAGCAGAGGUUAGGGAAUCCAGUGCUCUGUUUCCCAGUCAGGAAGGUGUCAUUACCACAGAAAUCCCUGAGGAGACAGAAAGCUUGCAAAUGCAGGCUGGUUUGUGUCACCCAGAAGAGGCAGAUGAAGACCGUCAUAGGGAAAGGAAAAGCACUUGGGGCCUGUCUGAGCAAAAUCAGAUGCCACAUGAGAACGUCUCACCCAGGAAUCAAGAUUCUGAUCUUAAAGUCUUUACUCAGAAUUGUGAGACAUUGUGUAUGGAGCCUGAAAAAGAAAAGGAAGGUGUCUUCAUGACUUGUGAGAGUACGGGAACCAUCCAUCCAGCUUCAGAAACGCUCUGUACUGAAAAAACAUUACAAGCAAAACCCGCAAAUUUAGAGACCUAUUCUCAACACCAUCCUCCUUGUGAUAAAAGAGAAAGUUGUCACCAACAAGUGCUUUGUGAACAAGGAAUUAAUGUUAUUAGUAAUGGCAACAAAUCAAAGAAUGAUGUUUCACCUUUUCCUUUAUGGGAUCCAGGCUCUGUUCCUGAUAAACAAGAAUGUUUAUGUGCUGGUCUUUCUUCUGCAAAGCUCUGUGAUGAUCCAAGGGAGGGAGAGCAAAGGUAUGGUUUUGACUCGCGUGAUAGCAAUGACACAGCCAUUCUCUACAGUCUGUCAGAUGAGGAAUCUCCAUUUGAAGCUAAUCCCAAAUUGGUCCUGGAAGCUGGAGGACCUGGGCGCAAAGGAGAUGCUGAUGUAUCUGCAAUGCACGACAAGCUGUGGAAACUGCUUCAUGAAGAUGACUCAGACUAUCAAGUCCCAUUUCAAAAUCGAGGGAUCACUAGUUUAGAAAUUAGACCGACUGAUAUCAAAGUCUCAGAACUGAACUUGGUACAGGAGACCUGUUCUGAUCGUCCUUUGCCAAUGAACAUGAGAGAAGAGCAAGAAGCUGUUACACAACCAGCUAGCAGACAAAGAGCAGAGAGGGAAGACUGUGAUGUUUCUAAUCUCCUACUUAAAACAGAUGAAGCAAGUAACAGUGCAUCCAUAGAAGACAUUUGCCUUGCACAAGUGGUAGAAACAGAUGGUGUUUGUCUAUGUUCUGGCACUGGAAAUAAACCAGAAGCGCCAUCCCUUUGUGUUUCAGCAAAUAGUAUCGUGUUAACUCUUGGAGAGUGCUUGGAGCAGAAGCCAAAUCAAAUGUUAACUGACAGUAGUGGAUCCAUACAGAUGGCUGUUGCUUGGGAAGGAAAGCUUGCCAACGAUAACGCUUUGCAAACAUAUGAUACGGAUUCUCCUCAAAGAUCAAAAGAUGCUCAGGGUGGUAAUCUAGCCUGUGGUCAUCCAGCACGUGACACAGAAAACCCAGCUUACGUGUCAGUUAAGUCCCAUAGGACAGUUGGACAAUUACUUGACACUGAGCAUGAUGUAUCCUUGAUAAAUGAGUCUGUAAGUGGUCAAGGGUGUCAUUUUAGAGACUGUUAUCCAGCAAGGAAAGAACUGGCUUACUUCCCUGAAGAGAAAGACAUUUUCCCCAGUGAAGAUGCCAGUCAGUUCACACAGGAAGAACAGUGUUCUGUUAACACCAUACACAAAAGGUAUGAAAAGGACUUACAAGAAAAGAGAAGUUGCUCGGACUUGAAUGCACAGAAUGACAGUAAUUCUGACAGUUACCAUCUUUCUAAAAAUCAUGACUGUCAAGAUUUUCACGUUGUUUCUAGUGCACAGAAAUACAGUUAUGUAAUGCAAUUGCCUAAUUUAAUUAAGACUCCCGAAACCACAACAAGUGAGAAUCUACUCCAGAGCACAGACCAACUGACGGAAAUAGAAAAUCAAAAAGAGGCAUUCACUUCCUCUUCUGAGGAUCCAUUUUUAAGAGAUUUUUGUGUAGAAGUGCCCAGAUACCAACCACGUAAAGCUGGAGAAGAACAGAGAGAGGUUUGUAUAGGUGCUGAACAAAGGGCUGAAACUUCCUGUGACUCAGAAGUUAGUCAUGUUUCAGGGAGUCAGACUGCAGUUUCCCCUCAUAAUACAACUGAACAACAUCUAUUUUUUGUCGACAGCACCUUCAAGUCUGAUGAGCAGUUGAAACCAGAUUCUUUCAAAAAUGACACAUAUGCAUCUGGAAGCAUAACAGCAGUCAGUACCUCGGUGCCUAGAAAGGCUCAGCAUGAGUCCCACAGCACACCAGAGGUGGACUGUAGAGAUAACUGUAAUCAGUUUGGUAUCCAGCAACCGACUGUAAAAGAAGCGUUGCCAUUCUGCGCACCGCUAAGCCGCUCAGAGCGCCUGCUCACCGGUGUGUCAGCAAAGGGAAGUCAAGCGGAAACUGGGUCCGCACAGACUAUGGUGAAAGCAGAUGAAAGAAUGAGUACCCCGGAAACUGUCUGUGGAGCAUUGCAGCAUCAUUUCCAUGGGGUACCUGAAGAAAACGGGGAAAAUAACCGAGGGCUUCAGAAAGCUGUUGACAAUAACCCAGGUGAAGCUGAAGGGAAGUCUCCUUCGCACAGUUCAGCUAGCUCCAAGGCUCACAGCCAGUGUAUGACUACCAGCACUCAGCAGUCCUUUCCAGACUUGAGCUCUCCUGGCAAGCGAACCGAGGCUGAUAAUUCACUGAAGUCAACUGACUAUGACAAAGAUGAAGAAGUCAUGACAUCAGAGAGUGUAGUUAUAGGUUUAGGUAAUUUGCCACCAGCUGAUUCGGCAGACAAACAGUAUUGUCAAGAGCGCCCUCGCUGCAGCAGAACUCAGCCAUUCUUAGCGCUGCCCACACGCGACCCGUUCCCAGUCAAUGCAGAAAGGCUGAGAAUUCAGGAAGGGUCAAAAUCCUGCCAGAUAUCACCCGCUGUCGCUGAGCCUGAGCCCAGCAAGUGUAAACAAGAUCCAGCAAAGAGUGGGCCUUCAGCUGCUGGUGCUAAGAAGAAAUUUCGACUGGCAACCCUGUCAAAAAAACCCCGGCUGGAGGAGAGGGGAAGUGUCAGCAAGGAUCCUAGCUGUGUUAGAAAGUCUGUGAAGAGUGAGACAGGGGCGAUUCGUAAAGAAGAUAAAAAAGAGCAAAGGAAGCUAAUUUUGAAAAAGGAUAGCAAAGCUCCCAAGCUGCUGAAGAAAAUCCAAGCAGAGUUGUUCCCUGACUGCUCUGGAAAUAUUAAGCUGUGCUGUCAGUUUGGUGACAUUCAUGGUGACUCCACUAUCACAUGGACUAAAGAUUCCAAGUUACUAGCUCGACUGGAGAGAAGUGCCCAGGAUGACUCUCCUGUCUCUUUGGCGAUAGCUAAAGCCAGUAACAAAGACCAGGGAAUGUAUUACUGCUGCUUGAAUAAUAUGUAUGGAAAGGUGACUGCUGAGUUUAAUCUGACUUCUGAAGUUUUGGAACAUCUCUCAAGUUUUCAGAAUUGUCAAGGUGCGGAAGAAAUUGAAUUCAUGCAGCUCAUGUUCAGAGAAGAUUUCAUCAGUGACAGCUAUUUUGGUGGGAACCUGCGUGGAAUAAUAGCUACAGAAGAGCUUCACUUUGGUGAAGGCAUGCACCGAAAAGCCUUCCGAAGUAAAGUGAUGCAAGGGCUCGUGCCCGUGUUCGGGCCUGGGCACGCCUGCGUUCUCAAAGUGCACAAUGCUAUCACAUAUGGGACCAAGAGUAAGGAUGAUCUGGUUCAGAAGAACUACAAACUAGCACUGCAGGAAUGCUACGUCCAAAAUACUGCAAGAGAGUACGCGAAGAUAUAUGCAGCUGAAGCUGAACCUUUGGAAGGCUUUGGGGAAGUACCAGAGAUAAUUCCUAUUUUUCUUGUUCAUCGGCCUGCUAAUAACAUCCCCUAUGCGACAGUGGAAGAGGAGCUGGUCGGGGAAUUUGUGAAGUACUCCGUCAGGGAUGGCAAGGAGGUAAAUUUCCUGAGGAGAGACUCGGAGGCUGGCCAGAAGUGUUGCACCUUCCAGCACUGGGUGUAUGAGAAGACCAAUGGCAGCUUGCUGGUCACUGACCUGCAAGGUGUAGGAAUGAAGUUAACUGACGUUGGCAUAGCAACACUGGCCAAAGGAUACAAAGGUUUUAAAGGCAACUGCUCGAUUUCCUUCAUCGAGCAGUUCCGAGCCCUCCACCAGUGCAAUAAGUACUGUGAGAUGCUGGGGCUGAAAUCUCUCCGAACUGCUCAUCAGAAACAGAGGAAAGCAACAUCCAUGAAAAGCAAAAAUCUACCAAACUCGUCACCUAUAAAGAAAACAGUGCCCAAGAAAGCAAGAGAACCUAGAGACUUCAUUUCUUCAGAGCACUGACCUACACUGCCCCACCUUGUGAGAACUCUCGAGGAUGCGCAGGAGCGAUAGGCACCA